CCGCUAUUGCCUUCGUGUACCACACGGACAAACGAUUGUCAAUGGACUAUUUGAGACGGAUUUCAGUCGGCUUCUGCGACGACUGCCUGCGUUUAGGGGGUCUGGGUUUUUUGGGUUUUUUUUUUUACUUGUUUGCAACCAGAUUCCUAUCCGGAUUGAAAGGAAAGCAACAAAGAAAAGGACUCAUUUCGAAACAAACAAAAAAAUGCCGUGAGUCUUGAAGUUUAGUGGAUUUCGUGUGUUUGUUGGUUCUUCUAUUUUUGCAGCCGGUCGCUCUCACUCAAUUUAUAGUCGAUAGUGUACUCUUGGACUUGGCGUUAACGAGAGUGGUACAAUAUUUAGAUAAAGUAGGCUGAAAAUGUAGCUACUCGGAAUGUACCACCAGUGAAACCGAAGUUGUGCGUGCCGUGGGUUUGAAUUAUCUAAGGGAUUCAUAUUGAAUAUAACCUAUUUAUCUGUGAGCAGAGCUCCAGUCGUUAAGCAAGAGCGGAUUCAUUCCAGCUGCGGAGCCUUUCAUGUUUGUAAAUCAUUUCACGUUUAAUUAUAAGCUGACAGAGCCUAUCCCCCGAGGAAAAACUACUACAAUUCUGUAACUUUGAGACUUUUAAUGCAUGUUUUUAAUCCACGUGGAGCAUAGCAUGAUUUUACAUGGAGCGUAUCUUAAUCUUUAAUCUUUUAUAUCAUAUAAUAUCAUAGUCCCAGUUUGACAAGAUAAUUGGCUCACAUUUCAACACAUAUCAUAGGCCAUAGUGACUCCUCUCCAGAGACUACAGCCAAGUAUUUUUCUUUUUCACAUGGGAUCAUUGGAAGUCUUCAGUACGUUUUCUUGUUUUCUUCCAUGCCCGUUCUGUGGUCCACUGUAAGCACAGUGGACCUCAGUCUAUAAACUUAUCAGGGACCUGCGGGCAUGGGAGAAGCGACCCCCGCUCAGUCUGCUGCAGGGACAUACGUACCCAUGUUGGGUGUUGGUUUAGGAGCUAUGCCCGGUGGGGUCAGCAACGGGCCGGUGGUGGCCAGCUCAAGGGGCUCCACAGUGCCACAGCUGCACAACGCCAUAGUUGAGCGUUUACGCGCCCGGUUAGAGACGUGCAGGAGGCACCAUUCUACCUGCGCGGACCGCUAUCAGCGAGGUCAGGCCGAGAGCACAGACCGGGAGCACGAGAGUACGCUUCAGCUGCUUAGCAUAGUCCACCAAGGUCCUGGGAACCGUAAAGCAAAAGGUAGCCGGGGAUCGAACCAGCAACCCCCAGACUACAGCAGGGCUAACGGAGAGCAAAAGGGGUCAGAUGGCGAGCAGAAGAUCCCCACACGCAUAGCGAUUCAUGGAUCUUUGCGAAGGAAGAUUGAGGGGCAUGCCCCAGGACAAAUAUCAAAGCAAAAUGGCCUCUCCUGUGGUUUCCCUGGAUCAGACUUUAAGCGGGUCCGUGUGGACCACAACUUAGCCCAGUCCCAUUCUCUGCAAGGCACCUCAGCCAUGAGCAUGCAGAGGAAGAAUUACAUGAUGCCUCAUGCACUGGGGUCAGACAUAUUCAACAUGACCCUGAAAGAAAUGAAGAAAGAGCCCUCUGAGAUCCAGUCUUGUGACCAGUCAAAUGCAGAGAUGAUGUUUGACUUCAAAGAUGAAGGUCAGAUUGAUCCAGAACUCCAGGAUCUCUUUGAUGAACUGACAAAGACGGUGCCUACACUGAAUGACCUGGAGUUUGAAAAGAUGCUAAAGCAGGAUGAUACAUUUGGCUUGGAUCUAGGACGGCCAAGCUCGGCGGGAGCAGCUGCCAGUCUGUGCUCUCCACUGGAGAAGCCGAUAAAGACAGAGCACUCACCUGAUUUUGGGCAGGCUCAUUGUGGCUCACCACAGCUUCGACCCGCUUCUGCAGGGCCCACUUUCACAUUGACCAGCACGUCUUCAACCACCACAUCGCAAAAAGCAAACACUCAGGCAGGACACCCAAGGAUGCCCUGUUGGCCUGAAAUAUCUCACGCAGAGCAGCUAAAGCAGAUGGCAGCAAACCAGCAGCAACCGAAUUCUCUUCUCCAUCACCACCACCAAACCGCACCUGUGGCCCUGACCAGCUGGGCUCCUUCCAUGAGCACCCACUCCUCCACCAGCACCUUCCCUCAAGACAAUGUCUCUAGCCCACUCCCACUCAACCAGCAGAGGAUUGGCUCUCACAAUAAAGGGAUCAACAACUGUCUCUUCAAAUCAACCAGCCACAAUGGCUCCAAUCAUUUGGACAUGAAGGUUCUCAGCACCAAGCCUACAUUGCAUUUCAGCCCCAAAGUACCCCAUUCUGCCAGCCAGCCCAUGUCUAUCAUGACAAACCCAGUGAACAAGACAGAACAGCAGCAACAGUCACCUUCACCGGGCCCACAUCAGCCACAUUCAGGUCUUCAUUUCCAGAACCAACAAAUCCCCACAUCAGGAGCCCUUUGUCUGCAAACCAAGACUGCUCACGGAGGGCUGCCUUUCAGACCGUCACAGCAGCGGCAGGGUCUUCCUGCUGGUCCAAGGCUUCCCACUAAUGGAAGCUUAGGAGUCAUGUCAGCCCAGCCACAGCCACGACCCCCGGUCCCAAACAACCAGCAGAAAGGGCCUCCAAAAACACAGGCCAUGCAAAGACAGCUCAACCAACCCCAGCACACCAUCGGCAAUUCAGACAAAGACAACACACAUGAUCAGUUUAGUCGUCACCUGACAAGACCACCGCCAGAUUACAAGCAGUCAAGAAGUAUAGCUGGAGUUCAGCAGGGAAACAUCUUCCCAGGUCGAAACUCCUCCCAGUGCCCUAACAGUGGCCCUGAGAAGACCCUACAGUCUUGUCACCUUGCAGUUGGUUCUGCUUCAAAGAUGAGUGCUUCACCAUCAGACCGUAGAUUUUCUAUUGGGACAGAUUGUCACCCCAGUUCUUGUGUCAGCCAAUGCCAGCAGCAAAACAGUCACAGUCAAAUUCGACUGAAUCCGAGUAAACCCAGGUUCCAGGGCCCAAACACACAAGGAAAGUCUUUUGGGAUAAACAGUGUGGCAGGUGUACAGCACCAGAGAUUGACAUCUCACUUGCGUUCCUCUGUGCCAGGACAGGGUGUAGGAGGGUUGGUGACAAAUGUCAACAUGGGCUGGGGUUCAGCCAACAAGCAAGUGACACCUGGACUCUGUAUUAGGCAGCUACCCAACCCACUACAGUCCCAGGGUGUGCAGGACUUGCCGAACCAUCCAUUCCAACAGAGACACAUUGCCCCUCCCAACCAGGUAGCACCAGACAUCAGCAUGCACACUCUAAACCCUCCACUAAGAGACAUAGGCCAGAGAGUAAGUCAGGCAAUGAUGGGUUCUCCCUCAGCCGUGGGAAACCUUAACCAGGCCUCACCUGAACCGAGGAUACCAGCAGGGAACUUUACAGAGCCCAGUCCCAGCUCUAGCAGCUACCAUAAUAACAGAACUAACCGUCUGACCUUUGACUUCCUCCCAGAGGGGGACAACACAGUUCCGGGAAUCAAUGCAGACUCAGACUUCAUAGAUUCCCUGCUCAAAUCGGGCUCUGGAAAUGAUGACUGGAUGAAAGAUAUCAAUUUGGAUGAGAUUCUUGGUAGCCACUCGUGAAUUUGGGUCACAAAUGACUAAAAAUGGACCCGCAGCUCAGAGCUUGUAGAGGUGUAAAGGAUUACAUUUGUAAGUAAUAUUAAAAUGGACUUUUAUAGACUUAUUAUUACCCAGAUAUACUGAAUUGCUUUGUAUUGUAUUUACUGUGAAAAUCAAUUGUGUUCUAUGUACUCUGCGUAUUUCUUCCUGGUGUAUUGGCCAAGAAAUUGCUUUUCUAUGCAGUCACUGUUUUUGUGGUCUGUGCUCUGUGCUGUCUUAUAGAGUAAAGUACAAAAUUCACACUGUGAAAAGAAAAUAUUGCCAUUAUUUUCCUUUUCAUCCUGGUUUGUGUUUCAAAGUCUAGCAUCACGUGGUAUGAGCUUUCCAGUGUUUUGCUGCCAGACACAAGCAAGCUUGCAAAAGCAUUUUUUCCCCUUUACUUCCUUCUUGUUCAAACUGUUUCAUCUGUGGUAGUUACAGUUUAAAUUAUGUAACCAUUAUUUUUUUUUUCAUGUUAUAUUUAAUAAUUAUUGGAAUAGUAAGUAGACAUUAUAUUACAUGUAAUUAAUAAAAUUUAUUUGACUCAA